AUGAACGAGACCACGCCUUCACCCAGCCCGGCCCCCGGGCCGAAAGCGUCCCCUCGCUCGAAGCCGUCGCCCUCGCCGACCGCCGGCACCAAGCGCAAGAGAACCACCGGUACCAAAUUCUAUGCCGUUAAGAAGGGGACCAAGCCUGGCAUUUACUACAGCUGGAAUGACUGCCUGGCUCAAAUCACGGGUUUCAAGGGAGCUAUCUUUCAAUCGUUCCUCACCUUCGAAGAUGCCAGCGCAUUUGUAUCCGGCGUCAAGCUCCCGUCUGCGGGCGCUUCCGCACAAGGCGUAGAGAACACACGCUUUUACGGAAUCCAACGAGGUCGCGUCCCGGGCGUGUAUACAGACUGGACUACAGCACAAGAGCAGAUCCGCGGCUUCACACGACCCCGGUACCGGAAGUUCCCGACGCGCGAAGAAGCGGAAGAAUUUGUGAAUGCAGGAAAGGAAGGAGGGCUACCUCCUGUUGGAUUUGGAGCUCCUGGGAUGACUACCGAGAACCCCAAGGAUGCAGAUGGUGUCGAAUUCGCACCUGGUGAUGGGCCGCUACCGCAAGGCGUGGAGGACGGCUUCGAUCCAAAUGUUAUGUUAGAUCCGGCCACGGGCAAGGUGGUGUACAAGACAAGUACCAAAAAGGCGGCCACUAAAACACAGCCUUCCGGGAUUCCGGGCAUGCUGCGGAUAUACACAGACGGCAGUUCAUUGCGAAAUGGUACCAAGCUGGCCUCGGCUGGGGUCGGUGUAUAUUUUGGACCCGGAGACUCAAGUAGGAAUGUUUCGGAGCCAUUGAAGGGAAGCCGGCAGACCAACCAGCGCGCCGAAUUGACCGCCAUUCUGCGAGCCAUCGAUAUUGCGCCUCGCCAUCGCGAUGUUACAAUCUUCACCGACAGCCGCUAUGCGAUUGACUGCGUGACUGUGUGGUUCGUCAAUUGGCGCCGCAAUGACUGGAUGACGAAGGACAAUAAGCCGGUUGAGAACCGCGAUUUGAUCGAGUCGAUUUUGGUGAAGAUUGAGGAACGCCAAGAACUCAAAGUGAAGACAUUGUUCCAGUGGAUCAAGGGACACAAUCGCGAUCCUGGCAAUGAGGCAGCCGAUCGUCUAGCGGUCAAUGGAGCCCACGAAGGCGUAAAGCAAAAGGCGGAGGCAUUGGAAGUUAGUCGGAGGGUGCCCGCACAGGUAUUCGACGAAGAUUUUUGA